UAAUGUGAUGAAUUGAUGAAUACAAUUAGCUUUUUGAUAAGUUAUCUAAAUUGCUUGGUGUAUUUUUAUAGAUUUCGAUGGAAAUUGAUAAAAUUCCAAAUGGAAAACUUUAUAAUUAAGGGACCUACAGUACCGAUCAACGUAGAAAAAAGUUUAGGUGAAUAUUUCUGGGAUAGAGCGGAAAAAUAUGGAAAUCGCAUUUUUCAGAUUGAUGCAUACACAGGUGCAACUGAGACUUUUAAAGAUGUCCAAAGAAAAGCCGUAAGGGUGGCCAUAAAUUUAAAACAAAAUGGCGUCAAUCCCAAAGACGUCAUUAUGAUUUGUGGCGAAAAUAAUUUUGAUAAUAUUAUACCAACUCUAGCCGGCUUAUUUCUGGGAGCGUAUGUUGCCAACGUAGUUCCCACUACAGACAUUUAUGGAGCUACCAAUUAUUUAUCUGAUCUGAAGCCCAAGGUGUUAUUUGUAUCAGACAACAAAUUAGAUAUUUUUAAAGAAGCCUUAGAUGUCCUAAAUCUGCAUCCACAAAUUUACACAAUCGGAAGCCAGAAAUCUCAAUUUAAAAGCAUGAAUGAAAUUUACAAUAAUUCCAUCGAAGAGAAACAUAAUUUUGUACCAAAGAAAGUUGAUAUUCAUGAAACAGCGUUCAUUUUAUUAAGUAGCGGUACAACUAGUAAGCCAAAAGGGAUAUGCAUAUCUCAUUUUACAAUAUUGGGAGCACAUACAAGAGAAGAUAAAAACAGAUCCUAUGACUUGUCGGAUCAGCCAUUCAUCAUAUUUUCACCGCUCUGCUAUAUUUCUUCAAUAUGGCUGUUAAGCGCCAAUAUUUUAUUUACAUGUCCGAGGGUUAUUGGUGUCGACAUUGAUGUGGAAUUGUUUUUAAAACUUGUUGAUAAAUAUAAGGUAACUGGUGUCUUUUUAACCUAUAAUGUAGCAGUACCUUUAGCAACUCUAGAUGAAAAGAUAGUAAGCAAAUAUGACUUAUCCUCUGUAUUUUACGUAUCGACUGGAGGGUCAUUUGUUCAUCCAAAAUACAUAUCACGAUUGAUGCAGAUCUUUAGUAAAGCUUUUGUAGUACCUAUUUAUGGAUCUACAGAGUUGGGUACUGCUCCGUUUGUCUGGAAAUUUCCAUCAGCGAGAGAAGUUGCUAAAACUAAGUUGAAUUCUGUUGGCGAAGUAAAUAAAAAUUGUGAAGUUAAGGUGGUCGAUGUAAAUACUGGAAAGGCCUUAGGACCCAAUCAAAAGGGUGAAAUUUUAGUAAGAUCUCCUUAUAGAAUGAACGGGUAUUAUAACCAAACAGACCAACCUUUCGACGAGGACGGUUUUCUUCAUACUGGAGAUCUUGGACAAUAUGACGAAGACCGCUGUUUUUACAUUUUAGACCGUUUAAAGCGUUCUUUUAAAUAUUUAGGAAACUUCAUUUAUCCGGGCUUAGUAGAAGAAAGACUAGCCCAACAUCCGUUGGUUAAAGAAGCAGCCGUCAUAGAGUUACCUCAUGAUGCAGAUGGUUACAGAGCCAUGGCUUGUGUUGUAUUAAAUCAGGGAUGUAUUGCUACAGAAAAAGAAUUGGGAGAUUUUAUUGUGAAAGUAAUGGGAGAAUAUUCCAGACCAGCAGCUGGAUUUCAGUUUUUAAAAGAACUGCCUGUAAAUAAUAAUGGCAAAGUAGACUUUAAUAAGCUUAAAUUGAUGUAUAAAACCGAAUAUGGAACUGCAACGUAGAUCUUAUUUUAAGAAGCUUUGAUCUUAGUUAUAAGUUUAUUAUUUAUUGUUAUGUACAAAUAACGUAAUAAAAUUUGUGAUAUUAUAAAAUACACACUGAAAAAUA